AUGUCUGUUGACGAUAUUAUUGUCACAGGCAAUGAUCUUGUUGCCCUUCGUCGGUUCAUAACUGAUACUAGAAAUGAGUUUUCCAUCAAGGAUCUGGGCUCCUUGAGCUAUUUUCUUGGUCUUGAGGUCUCUCACACCGAUACUGGGUUAUUUGUUAGUCAAGCCAAGUAUGCACUUGAUAUUCUUGAGCGUGCAAACUUGAUUGAGGCGAAAUCUGUUUCCACCCCAUUGUUGACAGGUGAAUCUCUUGUCAGUACAGGUUCUUCUUUCAAGAACCCCACAUUAUACAGAUCUUUGGUUGGUGCUUUGCAGUACUUGACCAUCACUAGACCAGAUUUAUCUUAUGUUGUCAGCUCUGUUAGUCAGUUUCUUCAGUCGCCUACUGAAGAUCAUUUUUUGGCUGUUAAGCGUAUCCUUCGCUAUGUGAAGGGUACUCUUCAUUUUGGUCUCUUGUUCACUAAGCAUCAUGACUCUUCCAUCUUGGGAUACUCUAAUGCGGAUUGGGCUCGUUGUGUUGAGACUCGUCGCUCAGCUUAUGGGUACUCUAUAUUUCUUGGGGGCAAUCUUGUUUAUUGGAGUGCAAAGAAACAAUCAACUGUUGCUCGUUCCAGUUGUGAGUCCGAGUAUCGGGUAAUGGCCAAUGCAGUUGCUGAACUUGUUUGGGUUAUUAAUCUUCUUCGGGAAUUGGGGGCUCUUCCUCCUACUCGGUCAGUUCUGUUGUGUGAUAACAAGAGUGCUAUUUUCUUGAGUCAGAAUCCGGUAGCACAUAAGCGAGCUAAACACAUUGAUCUCGAUUAUCACUUUGUUCGUGAAUUGGUCUCAUCUGGGCGCAUUUCCACUAAGUUCGUUCCCUCUCAUCUUCAGCUUGCAGAUAUUUUCACGAGGAGUCUUCCUCGUCCGGCCUUUGAGUUUCUACGGUCUAAGCUUUGCGUGUGUCUUCACCCCACGCAGCGCUUGACGGGGGGUAAUAGAGAUAAUACUAAUUGA